AUGGAUUGUAAGAAGGAGGAAACACUUCGUAGAGGGCCAUGGCUCGAAGAAGAGGACGAACGGCUUGUGAAGUUCGUUAACCUUUCGGGAGAACGUCGUUGGGAUUCUCUAGCAAGAGUUUCCGGUUUGAAUAGGAGUGGUAAGAGUUGUAGGCUAAGGUGGAUGAACUAUCUGAAUCCGAAUCUGAAGCAUGGACCGAUGAGCCAAGAAGACAAAGUGAUCAUCCUUCAGCUCCAUGCUCUAUGGGGUAACAAGUGGUCAAAAAUUGCAAGAAGAUUACCCGGUCGGACUGAUAACGAGAUUAAAAACUAUUGGAGGACUAACUUUAGAAAGAAAGGGGAAGCUCAAAACUAUGGUAGAUACAAAAAUGAUGUGGUUGGUGGAGAUAAGAUCAUUGACUUGAGAGGAAAUACAGGAGAAGAAUUGUUGUGCAAGUAUAAGGAAACAGAAUCCACAAGGAAGACUCAAGAACAUGGUUUUCAUGAAAUUGUGAACAAGAGAAGUAUGGAAAAUGGUAAAGAAAACAAUGAUGGUAUUUGCGAAAGAGAGAGCUUCGGUGUUAUGAAUUCACCAUACGAAAACCGUAUUUCGGAUUGGAUAUCAGACAUUUCUACAGAUCAAAGUGAAGCAAAUCAUUUUGAAGACAAUAGCAGUUGUCACAAUGAGAAUAACAGCAAGAACAGCCUUAACAUUGGUUCUUGGUGGUUUCAAGAGACUAGAGACUUUGAAGAGUUUUCAUGUUCCCUAUGGUCGUAA